AUGAACCCUGAUCGCAAGUAUGUGAUCGCAGCAGUCGUCGUCGCUUUUAUCGCUUGGGCGCUCUUGACCGACUGGAUCCCCUCCCUGCGCUGGAUACCGUAUGCCUUCGUUGCCGGCGUUCUCACGACCACUGCAGGCUUCCUGUAUGUUAUCUUGACCACUUCGAAAGGUGUCGGAGCCUACGAAGAUGCCUACAAAGACAACAGACCGGUCGCGCCGGCUUUCUCGAAAGGAAAAGCUUGGGAGGAGGAAAAGGCGGCAUUGAUUGCUAGAGCGGAGUACAGGCGACCCAUCAUCUUUCCAGAGGCGCGAGCAUUCUCCAAAGCGGUCGAUGGCCUUCUAGACAUCAUACUAAGGGAGUAUGUCACCAGCUGGUACGGCGCGAUCAGCCCGCGACCUCUCUUCCAGCGCGAGAUCGACCGCGUGAUACGAUCGGUACUACUCACGGUUGCAGCGCGCUUCACCGACCUGGAUGUGGUCGAGAUAGGGGUCGCAAAGAUACUGCCAACCAUCACCGCGCAUCUGAAAGACUUCUACGAUGCCGAGCGAGCAGUACGUGGGAAAGACUUGACUGGCAACGUGACAGAGAGCGAGGAGCUGGACAUGGCUGUCGCAAGCAAGUACAAGAGCGGCAAACUGCAUAACGUGGCGGCUCUCAAGUACGCGGACAUGACUGCAACACAACAAGAGCACCUACGGGCGCUGAUUGUCAAGCUGCUACCCAUCGUCCUGCCCACCAACAUGCAAUCGAGUGCGGCAGUAACAGUACUCAUUCGGGAACUUGUUACAUGCGCUGUUCUGGCACCUGUACUAUCCAUGCUUUGCGAUCCGGACUUUUGGAACCAGAUGAUUGUUGGGGUAGGUGGUCCAUUACUACAGGACCGGAAGACGGUGAGGAAAGUACGCGCUGCGCUCGACCAGCAUGCGCCAGUGUCACCCAAAACGGUGCGGAGCACACAGUUCCCCCGCCUGAGACCCUACGACAGCGAACGGCAGUUCGAGCGCUUUAUUCGUGCUAUUAGGCAUGUGGCGAACCUGUCCGAGGCGCGCAGAUUUCGGAGCGAGAUCAUGAGCCAGCAGCGUCGUGGCGUCGCAAACGAGAGCCAUGACGCAGUGUAUGUACGGCGCUUGGAGACCGGAAAACAGCUACUUGACCAGAAGAUUGCCACACUGUCGGCCGCCGUGAAUGGUACAGUGCCCAAGCCUCAGCUCGGAUUGCGGACUGCGUCAGACAGCGGUGACUCCAGUGCGCGCAAACGGCAAGCUUCGUUACGUGAAGUUAUCUACGAUGCAGCAGGCUUGGGCUACUUCAUGGAAUUCAUGGAUCGGGUCAAUCUGACCCGACUGGUCCAAUUCUAUCUCGUGGUUGAUGGCUUUCGUUACCCGCUUGAAGGCGACAACGACGAGCCGCCACCAGGUGCGGCCAGUGACGCCGGUCGCAUGGACGUCGCGCAGAUGUACGAAGCGUAUCUGACACAGCCGGAGCUAGGAACCUCUGAUACGGCUUUGGCGGAUGUGAGGAAGUUCCUCAGAGCAGGCCCAAGAGCUACUCCGGACGAGUAUGUGGCUGCGCGGCGUAGUGUGCUGCGCACUCAAACGCAGGUCUUCAACUACAUGAAGGAGAUACAUUAUGAGAACUUCAAGCGCUCUGAUCUGUACUACAAGUGGCUUGCAGUUGACGACAACCCGGCAUUCAGCGCCGUUCAAGCCAAGCAGGUUGGCUCGACAUUAUCACCUGACAGCGCGAAGAACAGUCAAACUUCACCGAUCAAAGGACGACGCCCUGAGACACCCCUGGCUGCCAUUCGCAGAGAACCGGAACUGCGGCGAGCCGUUCUGUCAAGUACGGAUCUGAAGCGCAUCGAGACACCAGUGCCAAGUGGUGGGCACGACGUCAGACGAUCGCUUGACAGCAACCGGCCUGCGCUCUUCGACGAUGAUGUGGAGGAUGAACGUAUGUCGCAGUCAUUGACCAACGUGCGAGACUACGAUUCCGACGGCGAAUCUGCGCGACAAGCUCAGGAGCAGGCCGAAGUUGUCCAGGUGAUGCAGAACGCGCUUGACGACAUUGUCAGCCACAAGCCAGACAGUGACUCGCUCUUUUCCGAGUCCACAGGAAGAGAGUCGACCGACGCGAAUGAGACUAGGAGCUCGCUUGAUCGAGUGCGACCCGCGUUCCCAACUAGGUCCAGCUCGCUAGAGAAACCUAGCAUUGCGAGCCUUGGCUUGGUUGGCGCUCCAGCCAGACGUGGUGUGUUCGUUGACGAUCUCUUCGCCGAGGAAGCUGACAAGUUCGUGGAGGAUGAGCGCGAGGACUCUAACGGACCGGAUGAUAGCGACAACGAUCGGGUUCAGGAAGCUGCACCAGGGGAUCUUGGCCUAGUAGAAGCGAUUCAAUCCCUGAACGCCGACAUCGAGAAGCUUAAUGCGCAGAAGGGCGUGCUUGACGCUCUCACUGCGAAAGCGGAGCUCACCAACAACGCUGCUGAACUGCGCAUAUUACGCAAGUCAGAGCAGAGUCUGCAGCGCGAGGUCCGGCGCAAGGAGAUGCAGAAACGGCAGUAUACCGUGCAAGAGAGCGACAACAGUCUGUACGGUCGCGCGCAAAUCACUAUCCGCAAAGUUAUGGUCGGCAAGGAAGAGGACGGGCACGAAUAUGCCCUAUACGUUGUAGAAGUGCGCCGAUCUGCCGGCGACUCGAUGCCUGCCGCCACCUGGGCGGUGACACGCAGAUAUAGCCAGUUCCACGAACUGCACAAGCGACUGAGGGCACGCUUCCCGUCCGUAAGAGACCUCGACUUUCCUCGUCGGCAGGCGUUGUUCACGCUACAGAAGGACUUUAUUGAGAAGCGGCGAGUCACACUCGAGCGUUACUUGCGGUCACUUCUCCUCAUCCCAGCCAUAUGCCGCAGCCGAGAGUUUCGCGCAUUCCUGUCGCAAUCUGCUAUCGUGUCCAAUGGCCCGAACGAAACGCAGGCGGAUGCGAAAGACUUCGUGACUAGGAUAUACAACUCCGUCUCGGACGGCAUGGAAGAGUUCCUUGGCAACAUCCCAGUCCUUGAUCAGCUCUCAGUAGCAGGGCAGAAUCUCAUCUCCGCUGCCACUUCCCCGUUGAGCAGCGGUUCCGCUAUUGACGCUCUGGACCCUGCGACACAAGACCCAGCCACAGCGGCGGAAGCGGAGGCGGAACUCAGCGCGUAUGAAACGAAAGAAGCCGAGCCUUUCGUCAAACCCAUCUGCGACUUGUUCCUCGAGACCUUCGAGCUAUCAAAGGGUAGCAGUUGGCUCCGUGGCCGCACCGUCGUAGUCGUCUUACAUCAACUCCUCGGCGGCACAAUUGAGCGUCGCGUGCGUGAGACGGCUCGAACUGCGCUUGAAGACCAGAGCCUGGCGAAGUACGUCGAGAUGCUCAGGGAUAUUAUGUGGCCCGGUGGCAAGCCUCGUCCGGCGUCUGUGCCACGGACUGCUGCAGAAAAGGCUCGGACGAAGAAAGAAGCGAGUCUCUUGCUCGCCGCUUUGGUCCCAGAUGUUGCGGGGAGCGUUGUGGGCAAGGCGAAUGCGCAGGCGGCAAGUCGUAAGAUUUGCGCCUUGCUGAACAAUCAGCGACUGAAUGCGCAUCUGGUGUUCACGCUUAUCGACGACAUCAUCAGGAUAGUAUUUCCAGAGACAGCACAUAAGUAA